AUGGAGCGAAGGAUGUUAGAAGCAGCUCGGAAGGGCAAUGUCCAUGAGCUGGAAGACUUGAUCAGCAGCAAUGAGCUCAUCCUCGAGGAGAUGGAUCUUGAAGGAGCCGGUCACACGCCGCUGCAUGUCGCCUGUGUGGCUGGCCAUUUGGAUUUCGUUCGAGAGCUCCUGAAGCGUAUGCCAAAGCUUGCGGAAAAGGUGAACACGGAUGGUUUCAGCCCGCUGCACAUCGCGGCUGCUCGAGGUGAUGUCGAGAUCGUGAGGGAACUCUUGACAGUGGGUCCACACCUGUGCUCCGUGAAGGGACGAGAGAGAAGAAUCCCUUUACAUUAUGCCGCUGCAAACGGGAAGGUCGAUGUCAUGAAGGUAUUGCUUGCCGCUUCGCCUGAGUCUGUCGAAGAGACGACCGCUCGAGAGGAGACCAUGCUUCACCUCGCUGUGAAGAACAACCGGUUUGACGUGGUGGUUGUGUUGGUGGACCAUCUGAAGCAGCACAAGAAGGAGCAGGUGAUCAAUUGGAAGGACCACAAAGGCAACACCGCUUUGCAUCUUGCUGCCGCUGGCAAAAAUUUUGAGGUGGUGAACUUCUUGUUUUGUAAGCAUGCUGUGGAGUUUGAGGUCGUAGAGGUGAACGCCGUGAACAACAGUGGGUUGACACCUCUAGACGUCUCAACUCCCUCGCGAAGGGAAGCAGGAGAUAGAGAGAUCAGAGAAAUCCUCGUUCGAGCGGGAGCUGAACACGGGAGAGGAAGAUCAAACUUGCCUGCAUCAAGCCCAGUCCCAGACGACAACGAUUUCGAUGGAGCUAACAGUCAUGAAGUAGCUGGGGAGGAACCAGUCAAAGAUACUCCACAGUCAUCACCACGUUUGCCAUUGAAGAAUUCAAAUGUAGGAAAUGAGUCGUAUGGUGACAUCCGCAACGCCCUAUUGGUCGUCGCCGUGCUCAUCGCAAGUGCGACCUACCAAUCUGUGCUUCAGCCUCCAAAGAUAAUAGAAGUCGACCACCACUUAUCAAACAAUACUUCCAUGACUGAAUAUUAUGGUGCAGGCUUGGUGUACGGUCUCUUCCUUGGCGGCAACACGUUAGGAUUCAUGGUGUCGGUCCAGAUGAUCAUUUGCCUCACCAGAGAUAUCCACCACCGCAUCGACCUGCCGAUUAAGUUGCCGCUCAGGCUGUCCCUAGUCGCAAUGGUUCUGACUUACUUUUGCUUCACGUUAUCCCUGCUGUUAUCGAAGAUUGGUAAAAAAAGUCCAUCCAAGAAAGCUCUGCGCCUGUUGCCACUCAUGAUAUCAUUCGUUCUUCUACUGAUACAGCGGUGGCUAGCAGACCUAAUAGAUUUUUCCUUGGAACGGCUUGUUGGAUUGCUCCUAGGUGAUAUGUACAGGCCAUAUGAGGACUCAAAGAAGAAGGACAAAAGUCAUGGUUGUAAAUGA